ACGUGAACAACCCAGUCACGUGAGCGACCAAAAUGGCGGACAGAACACAAACUUCAGCUGCUCCGACUGAAACUCCAGAAACCACCGCGGCGGAUACAGGCAAGCUCGACGAUUCUACGGACAGAGAGCGAGAAAAGUUGCUGGAGAACGCGAUCGAUUCCGCGGAGAAGAUACUGCAGCUGCGCGAGAGCCUGAACGAGUUAAUCGAGAACGGACUGCUCGAGCUGGCACGCGUGCGGUAUUCGACCGGCAACAAAUCCGUGUCCGCCCUGCAGCUCAACAUGGGCGAAGUGGAAGCGCUGCGGACGGUACGCAGCAACUUCGAGGACCCGAACCAAUCCUACCCUAGCUUUGAACUACUACAGCCAGACAGCACGGGAAGUACAGUCAAAGAAGGCGAAGUCCGUCAGCGUCGCCAGGCAGAGGAGCCCUCAACGGAGGCAGUGGAGUCUCCUCCGAAGCGCCCGACGAGCCCCAGCGAUCCGCUGCGCUGGUUCGGCGUGCUCGUGCCUCAGUCGCUGCGACGCUCGCAAAAGUGCUUCAUCAGCGCACUCGAGGUCGUCGUGGACGUGGCCAACGAGCAGUCCCGACUCGCAGUCGCCUUGGACACCUACCGUUCGAGCCAACGGGCAGCGACAGUGAGCGAGGUUGAACCGUGAACUUUGAGGGCCUCUGGCAAGCGAGGUCGUCAAGAACGGUGGCUUGUACAGCUACGGUAAAUGAAAUUUGUCUAGUCACGGCGCAGUCAAGCGCACGACGUGAGUGACAGCGAGACAGCGCUGUCCCCUUUUGUCGAGGCAGGCAGGCAUUCCAUCGACGAUGUGUACAAAGCUUCUCAAGAAUUCUGUCACGGUUUCUUGCUACAGACGUAGGUACUUCAGGUGGACCUUUUGUAAGGUGUGUUGGGAGCUUCCCUUUGCUGAUUAAAAUAAAAAGGAAACCUUUGCCAGAGGG